UCAGUUUUGUUUACAUCUGGAGGAGGUGACAGAACGGAGCCUGUCCUGACAGUAUGGAUCAAACUUUCAGUCUUUGACUUGCUAUGGUUCAUAACAUCAACUGACAGGGAGCCAUGGGCGCUUUAGCUUGUCUUUCUGCGGUGUGCUGGUUGUGGUUUUGCCCGCUGGUGUCUAGUGAACAGGUGGCAUUUGUAGAGGUGUUUCUGGAGGACCAUCAGCAUAUUUUACAGGGUGAAGUGGUCCAGGGGAGUCUGGAGAACGACCCGAUGGAUAACCACAGCAAAAAGAAGCAUGGCCUGAAAGGAGAGCUCAUAUUAGUAAAGGAUGAAGCUCUUAAAAGCAACAGUGAAAGCAAUGAUGGAAAGGAUCCAAACCCUUGGAUAGGAGUGGUACCUGUUCAGAUGGAGGAAGGCACAGUUUCCAGCAACAGCAACCAGGAGUCCUUUGCUGCAUCUAUGGUUAAUAAGAUGAAGCGGGCUCUUGUUUUGGGUGCGUCUGCUUUGAUCAUACUGGCUUUAAACCAGAACACUGUCCGAGAGAAAACUGUUCUUCCGCUGCAGAUGGAUCUCUCUCAGGUCCUCUCAAAACCAAUCAUUGUCAUUCAGACAUCAGAAAAUGUCACUAAGCUCAUCGGAGCUCUUCUCAGGGGCCUUCGUGCGACAGCAAAAAUAACUUACAAGUCUUUUCUACAAGACAGCCUGGGGGCCACCUUGACCCUGUGGUCCAGCUGCGGUCGUUCAAGAGGAGGCUUGUACGGGGAAUGGCAAGGGGUCAUCUGCACUGGGGAGACCAACUCUCAGGUCCAGAAAUAUCUCCAACAGUUGUGGAACACUGUUGUCCUGGUGGCCCUGGUUCUCUCCACAGGGGUCAUAGUUCAAGCACGCUGGCAGUACCGGGACAACCAAUUUAAUGACGAUUUAGAGUCAAACCUGAAGCAAGAUAUUCUGAAGAGAUUAUCAGCACUGAAGACGAGGACAUACCGGCAGCCCAAAGUGAGAUGUGACCCAACACAAACUCAAACGAUGGAGACGGACAGUUGUGCAGUUUGUCUGGAACAAUACAACAACAACCAGUGUUUGCGGGUGUUACCGUGCCUCCAUGAGUUUCACAGAGAUUGUGUGGAUCCUUGGCUGCUCCUCCAGCAGACCUGCCCUCUCUGCAAGCGCAGCGUUCUUGGUAAUUUUUAUUGAGCUGGAUCACGUGGGGUUCUGGAUUAAAAAUCUUCUGAAUUGGGUUGAGUCUACUGAUUCAGGCUUUUCGUGGCAACUAAACCCCUCCUCUGUACUGUAAGGCUGGGAUUCCUCCAGGGUAAUGAUCUUGACCUCUCCAAAGACUAUGAAUCUUGAGUUCUUUCAAGAGACUCCAAGAGUCAGGACUAGUUUCUGAUCUAGUUUCUGUGUCAGACCACUUAAGACGUUUCUUAAAGGUAGGUCUUUGUACAUGGGAUCAGAUAAUCUUUUUUUUGCAGCAUUGAGUACUGCAGUUGUGUUUGUUGAACCGGUUCAGCCUUUCACAGAUGCAUGAAUUGUGAAGUAAGAUGCAUAGCAAAAAAACAAGGUAAUGUUUGAAAUCUCUUUAUGUAUGAAUCAUACAUACGCUCUCAAUUCUCUAUAUUUUAUAUUUGAACAAGCGCUUGCAUUAAGAUAAAAUCCUACUGGCGAUGAUAAGAAAUACCAUUCAUAAGAAAGUAGUAGAAUAUAAUUUAACCAUUUGCUCUAAUUCCUAGUCCGGACUUGUUCCCUCUUUUCCACUAAAUUAGAUGUGGUUCUUGGCUGGUCCCAACCUUAAAAGAGCUAUAUGUAGAAUUCAGAAACCCCUGUGAUUAGAAUCACUGGUGAACCCCAGCCAGCAAACUAUUGCAUAAAAAGUUCUGACAUCCUCUGAAAUUAAAUAUUUUUCAUAUCAGGACUUUUAAAAAAACCUGAUCUUUGGCUGGUCUUAAAAUUUGCCAAAUAAAACCUCAGAUGAAUAAUUAACAACAUUUAGAGUUAACAAAAAUAAUCAGGCAUUGCUUAUCUGCUAAUCAAAUUCCUUAAGUGAUAACCAGCAGAUGUUUUAGCUAAGGGGUGUCGCAUAAUUUAGCUCCAACUUCCUUCAACACACCUGCCUGGAAGUUUCAAGAAUUUCCAGAAAGAGCUUGAUUAGCUGGUUCAGAUGUGUCUAAUUGGGGUUGAAACUAAACUCUGCAGGACACCGGCUCUCCAAGGCCGAGUUAGGGCUUCCCUUUUCUAGAGCCUUCAGGUGUAUGUGUUAACACAAUGACCAUCACACAGCUAAAGCUUUGCCAAAAUUGGGUCAUGGAACAAUCUCAAGCACACCAGGAAAUCUACCACAGAACAACUGGUAAAGGAAACAAAUCAAGGGGUUGAAACGGCCAAGUCAAAGUCCAGACCUUAACCUUACUUAAACCUGACUAAAACUUCAGAAUGAUCUGAGAGAUUACUUACAGGGAUGGUUCACCUAAAAGUGAAAAUUCUGUCAUUAUUUACUUACCCUUUACUUGUUUCAAACCUUUUUGAGUUUCUUUCUUCUGUUAAACACAAAAGAAUAUAUUUUGAAAAGUGUUGGAAACCUGUAACCAUUGACUUCUAUACUAUUUGUUUUUCCUACUAUGCAAGUCAAUGGCUACAGGUUUACAGCUUUCUUUAAAAUAUUGAAUUUAACUCAAACAGAAAGAAACUCAUAAAGGUUUGGAACCACUUGAGAAUGAGUAAAUAGUGAAUAACUUUUGAUUUGUGGGUGAACUAUUCCUUUAACUGCUGCUUUAAUUAAGUAGAUCUACAGGCAUCUGAAUAAUAGUAUGUCCUAAGUUUGUCACAAAUGGCCUUUCUAUUUUGGCUCUACUUUUGUUAAGUAAAUAAUGGGAUGUUGCGAGAUGACAUGUGAUCUACUGAGGUUUCAUCUUCCAAAUCUAUAGACUGGCCAAGCACCAUAUAGAACCAUGUAAUUCAAUAGGAUGUCCUAACUUUUUCACUGUCACAUACAAUAGACUGAACAUGAUUCUAUGUCCUCAUAUACUACUAGCAAAGUUUUAGUUUUAAUAAUUUUAGAAGCUAAACGAAAUUAGAAGCAACAUUUUUUUUUGCAGUAACAUAAUUCUACUGAAACAUUAAUGACUUUUUUUUUUUCCUCAAAAACUAAAAUGACAGAAGCGGUAAACAGUAGCUAAGAAAGCAUCCGAUCAUAGCAAUAUGGAUAUGUUUGCACAAGUUCUGCAAAUCACUUUAUAAUAUAUCAGAUUAUAUUUUGAUAUUUCUGGCAGUCUUUUACAUAGAAAUCAAUCUACAGGCUUUCAUGGACAACAUAGGAUGCUCAGGGAAGGUCUUGUUUUAUACAUUUAGUUACAAGCCAAUAAAAAUUGAAUACAUCAGAUUUUAUUAAUGCACAAGAAUUCUUACAUAUAGCUCCUUUAAAGUCUUGCUAUUGACACAUUUCGAGGCCAUAUAAAAUAUUUCUAGAAACCUGAGCCACUUUUUACCUGAGUUCCUGUGCAUAACUUGCAAGAAAAAAAAUUACAAUAAAAAUCUAAAAGUAUAAAUAAUAUAAAAAUAUCGUGGCCACAUUUUAUGAAUACAUUUUUUUUUAAAAAUCAUGGCCACAGUGUAGUAAUUUGUCAUUAAAUUGUAAACAAAUCACCACGUGGCUCUGAUUUACUAAAACCACAAUGAAAAAAAGGACCAUCUUGUUUUUUUUCCCUUGCCUGUCAUGUACAGUGACUAAACCACCAGAUCCGUCAGUAGCAUCAAAUAGGUGAGAAAGGGUUAUAUUUAUCAGUUCUGUUACACUAAAUCAGCCAGUAGUGAAAACUUGUAGAAAACCAAACAUUUAAUUAUCAGUAUUCCUUAUCGCAACAUUGGUGUUACUUUUAAGAUGAUUUAUAUGGACUAGAGGUAUAUUUACAUGCAUUUCAAAAGUUCUUGUCAAUUUGGAUUUCCGAAUUGUCUUUUAAAAAUGCCAUAUAAAUGAUGUAGCUUGACUUUAAUUCAGGUGUGUGUGAGUUUGACUAACAGACUAAAACUGUUUAGAAGUUCGUGGUCAUUAUGCUUUAGGGAAACAAAGUAUACUUUAGCAAGGAUGCAUUGUAUUGAUGAAAACCAAGUAAAAUCUUUAUAAUGUUUAAAAAUAUAUAUUUCGAUUGCAUAUGAAUGCUGAUUUCUUUCACUGAAGAGUCCUAAAAAAAGUCCCAGUUUCACAUAGAAAUACUAUUGCAAGUAAUGCAAAGCGUUUCAUACUGUAUAAAAUGCAUUAUGCCUAUUGACAGUCCUCAUAAAACACCAAUACCAACAUGUGUGUUAAGAUUUUUCAGAAGGAUCGGGAGUCUCAUUUAUAAAACUUUGGAAAAAAAACUUCCUAAAAGUGAACGUACAGCAGAAUAUAUUUUUAUUUAUUAUUUAUUUAUGAUUACGGCUCAUACACUGUAAAACCCAAAAAGUUA